AUGGAGACCGACGCCGUGCAUCGGUAUCGCUCUCGCAUUCUUAGAGAAAUGAAUGCCAACCGCGCCAAUCCUUUCAACUCCCCGCCGUCGUCCACGGGUUCUCAUGGCACCGUAACCAUGUCCUCGCUCUUUUCCGACCCAGAAGGCGAGUCUACCCGCCGCCUCAACGAGGAUAUUGCUCGAGUCACCGCCCCGAGGAAGCUUCCCGUCAAUUGGGACGCCGCUCAUCGCAAGUGGCCCGAAUACUUCUCCAAGCCCAACACGAACAAUGCGCCAAUCUUUGACGACGCCGUGGAUACGCGCCCAUGGAAGGCACAGUCUAAAGAGAACAAACCUCCCGUCUCCAACGUCAAAUUCACUCUCGACGACUCUACUCAGGAUAUAUGGCCCGGCAGAACCAAGACGCGUGCUGAGAUGCAGCCUCGCGUCGACAACGAAUCAGACAUCUCCUCCAUCCUGGACAAAUCGCCUGCCAGACCGACGUCGUACUACGGCAUGGCCAAAUCGCAGCAAAACCCAAGCCCCUUGUCCAAGACUCACACUCGAGCGCCUUCAGAGCCCAUUGCGAACCAACAGCGACGACCAUCCAUAACCGACGCGCUCAAUCGCCUCCAACGUGCUUCUCUGAGCCCCAGAAACGAUCACCAGGAUUCACCACACAUGUCGUCGGCCAAAUCCAGCCUAACUGCCGUACCGCCCUCGCCAGCUUCCAUGGCAAGCCCCGGCCGUGACACGUCCAAUGUGCGCUCAUUUUUCAUGCCGGACGUCUCUCAUCUCGGCGACUUUGUGACUGGUACACUCAAGUUCAGCGGUUCGAUGAAGAAUGGAGUGCCAAUUUUUGUCAAGCAUGGCAAAGUACACGAUCGCCAGGAAAGACCUGCCGCUGCCGCUCACGCCCAAGUCGACGCACUUGAAAUCCCCCAAGACGAAGAGAAAAUCUUUGUCUCUAUGGAUAUGAUCCGUGAUGAGAUUGUCUCCCUGCAGGGUGCCCAUGAUAAGGUUCAAGAGUAUGCAGAGGGCCUGCAGCUUCAGGUCGAAAGACUGGAAGCUCAGCUCCGACACGGCAAGUUCAGUGGCGACAAUGAGAGUGAAAAGAUGUUGGUACAAAAGAGGAAACUUGAGUUGGAGGUUGCAAGCCUGCGAGCACAAUUAGACGAAGCCUCGCGAAAGCUCACCACAAAUGAGAUUGCAAAUGAUUCCGUCGCCCACGAGCGUGACAGGGCUAUUAGCCGGCUACAAGACGCCUGUGAAGACAUUAGCAAGCUCACCCGUAAGCUCAGCGUGCGGGAAAAAGAGCUAUCUACCUCACGGGAGCUGCUGGAAACGUCAGACCAGGCCCGGCAAGACAAUGACACACUACGCCGUGAUCUUGUGUCGCUGAAGCACAGCCGUGAUGCAUUGGAGCUCGACAAUGCCUCUCUCCGCACUGAUAAUGAAAAUCUGCGCAAGGAGCAGAAACGUCUACGGAACGAGGUCGAUUCACUGCGUGCCAACAAGAGCGCUCGUGGCGAGGAGUCAGGACUAGUCGCCGAGAAUAAAUCUCUACGUGCUACCAAUGACAGACUGACUGAGGAGAACGAAGAUCUCCGCGAGAAUCUCGAUGGUGCCCAGCAUGAGCUUGACGUAGCUCGGGAAGAAAUCGACUCUCUUCGCGCCACGAUAGAGACCAUGACGCAAGAAAAGUCUGCUCUUCAGGGAGACAACGACAGUCUUGUCCGCCACAAUGAAAAGUAUUUCAACGAAAAUAAGAUUCUUCGACGGGAGAAUUCAGGCUUUGAACGAAGCGUUCACGACCUGCACGAAGAGAAUCUCAAGAUGAAGGAAGAGGUGGACUUUUUGAAGCAGCAGCUUGACCAUUUCAGGCCUGCGCAUAAGAAUGAGGUCUCUGGUCGCGUGGAGGAGACGGAGGAAAACAUGACCUCGGCUUACUUUAUCCCUGAUAUAACUGUCAAGACGAAUGGGUCUCAACCUGCAGAGGCUACGGAGACUAGGGACAUGCCGACUCUGCCUGAAGUGACCUCUCAAGGCUACAUUACAGAGCAAGAGACCCAAGAACUCCCCCGGCGUGCAGGCAACAGCCGACAACGAUCCCGAAGCCGACCUCGCACGGCAUCCAAGGGAGUGGCCUUUUCGAUUCCGGAGAAGUCUGCCCUCCGAAACAAGAACAGCGGCAACGCAGCAAACCAAGGCAGCAAGAGGCGACAGCCUGAGCGUCCUUCAAUGACUGACUUGGAUCAAAACGACGACACCACUGGUGGAUUCCAGUCGGAAGAUUUCACGAACCAAGACGCGGCCGUCGUGUUCGAUCUGUCCGUGAAGGACAUCAACGUCCAGCCUCAGCGUGACGUGACUACUCACAGUAACACGUCACGACGUGCCAGCCACUCACGACCGGCACAACAGCACACAAUGGAGCUUGAUGCCACAAAUGCCACGAACAAGACAAACCACGAUACUUGUCCCGUGCUCUCUGUAGACGCCCGCCGCGUCCUAGAUGGCCUCUGUGAGCACAGCUGCCGCAAUUGCAUAGUCUGCAGCCGCAUCACGUCUCACCGCGGCGUCAUCUCUGCAUCCGAAGCUGCCUCUGGCAAGAAGCGUGUUGCUGUCUCUCGCCCUGUUCCGGUAACAGAUCGCAACAUUGCGGGCGAUGACCUAACGAUUCGCCCGGCCCAGUCGCCCGGCCACGCCCUCGCUCUUGUCAUCAAGGGCCUGGAGGAUGAAACCGAGCACCUUCAGAUGGAACUGUCACGCCUGCAGGCAGAAUACAACAAGAGCGACAAGUCAAUCGGCCGCCGCGAACGGUUGAGCCUUGCUGAAUCGAUUCGAACGCUGCUGAAACGCAUGGAAGUGAAGAAUGAUCAAAUCUACACCCUUUAUGAUGUCUUGGAAGGACAAAAGGCAGCUGGCCAGGCCAUGACCGAGGAGGAAGUCGAAAUGACUGUUCUCAACAUCACUGGCAUGACAGUGCGCGACGUCACUGGCGGAAGUGAACAAUUCACAUGGGAAGGUAUUCAAGAGACCAAUUGA